AUGUCCCAAACGCACGCACUGGACAAUGCCUUUACCGCAGGCCUUGCAUGUUCAGCAGAGAACGCUGCGCAGUGGAUUCCCACUGGCUGUGCCAAAGACUUGUACAUCUGCCACGACGCCCGAGUUGCCCUUGAGGUCGUCACGGAGGCAAUUCUCUUGACCACAAGGAGCGAAGAGGAAACGCAGGAGGAGAAUUCGCAGGAGGAGGUGGUUGCAGACCACAACGGCGACAAGCUCCCCAUGCAUGCGCACUUGCAUGCGUUGCAGCGCGUCAUCAACGCCCACUGCCAACAACAACAACACCAACAACACCAGCAGCAGCAAGGAGGGCAAGGAGAAGACACCGACGACAACAGCAGCGCCAUCCACAAGGCUGUCGCACGAGCUGCUCUUCCGCUGCAACAUGCCUCGCCUUUCCCUCUCCUUACCCAGCAGUAUCAGCGUCAACAACAACAGCAGCGGCGGCGGAGAGACGUUGUGGCAGAAGCAGAGCCCCCCGCGGACUUUGUCUUUGACCGCUGCACCGCUUCAGCGAUCAUCAAAGGCAAUUGCACGGUGCCCGCUUCUGAAGACACCAUCGCUGGCGGCACGUUGACCAUUGCAUUUGAUGCACCAAACGACGCCACAGCCCUGCUGGAGGAGAUCGAACCCAGCUCGGAAGCUGCCACUGCCGCAGCUCAACUCUGCAACUCAUUGCAGCCGCGUGCCUUGGUUAUCGCGGGCACCGUGCACAACACCGAUUUGGAAUGGGUACUGAGCCACACACAGUGCACAACAGUCCAGCGUGUGAACGUCACAGGCCUGCUUGGGCUAGAAUUCUUCUGCAAUGCCUUCAACCCGCUGAUGAGUAUUCUAAAAAUCGAGAUCCGUGAUAGCAAGACGAUACGCCUCAUGGAACGCGAGAACAAUACGCAGCCGCAUUUCGUGUUGGCACACCAGGUCACCCGCUUCACGCUGGAGGGCACGCGCGUGCGGACAGUGGACCCCAGCUUGUUGAACGCCAUGCACAAGCUCGUGCACCUGCGUAUUCGCAACAGCCAACUGACAGAGCUUUCGCCCGACAUGUUCUUGAACCUGAGCUCUCUGCAAGUCCUCAAUUUGAGACGCAACCUCAUUUCAUCAAUUCGCGAGCGUGCUUUUGACUCAUUGACGUCACUUCGCAGCUUGAGCCUUGGCCAUAAUGACCUCACCGCCUUGCCAGAGGCACUGUUCCGCCGAACAACCAACCUGAGGGUUCUCGUGCUCCAAAUCAAUCAGCUCAGCACGCUGCCACCACAACUACUGGCAUCUUUAACACGACUUGAGAGGUUGUUAUGCAGCCACAAUGUCCUGAGCUCCCUUCCAGCGAAGUUGUUCAAGGCAACCUCAGCAUUGAAAUUCUUGUUCUUGGAUUGGAACAGACUGGCACGACUUCCAAGCGGCGUGUUCUCGCCUCUGACAAACCUUCGCGAGCUCAGAAUCAGAAACAACGUGCUCACCGAGGUCAAUCAGGCAUGGUUCGCGCCGCUGCAUCCAGAACUGACGCGCCUUUGGCUGACCAACAACCUCAUCACGCGUAUCAGCAACAUGCCUUCUCUGGAGCGCCUAUCUCUCGGCAACAACAAGCUCACAGUGUUUCCCCGUCGAUCGUUUCCGCGCCUCUUAUCCCUGCGCCUGGACAACAAUCCACUUGAGCAGGUUCCAGACGUGACGGGCCUCACUCAGUUGCAGGAGCUUCGCUUCAACAAUCACAAGAUGACCAACAUUGACAUGACCGGCAUCCUUCAGCUGCAAGAGUUGUGGUGGCUUGAGCUCACUGCCCACGCAAGCGUGAAAGAUGCAACCCUGGACAUUGGUUCUCCGAGAGGCAGUGGUGGCGGCCGUGGGGCAGGGAGAUCACAACUCAAAUGGAGACGUGUAGAUGCACGCAACAUCAACUUGCAGCCCUUUUUUGGAUUGGAUCGGUCGACACGCCUUCAGCUGACAACCCUUUAUCUCGGAUGGCCGGGCAUGAACAACCACGCUGUCCAGCUCAACACCCUGUGCAGCGUUCUUGCCCCUUCAGUUGAAAGUUUCGGGCUGGAGAACACGGCCUACACGCAUAUUGAGCUGUGCGAAGGACACACGUUUGACAACGUUUUCCUCACACGCAACACUCACCUUCAGUCCGUGGCGCUCUACUCUCCGGUCCAAGUCCUCAAUGUCUCUGGCUGCGCAAGCUUGGAAGACUUGCGUGCUCCCUCCAUUCAAGUGUUCGAUUUGAGCCACACGCGUCUUUCCAAUACGCGUCAGCUCUGCCGAGACUGGGGUUCUCUGACGGUUGUGGCACGCAAUUGGCAGCUGCCAGAGAUGGAAAGACUGGACAAAGCUCAGCGACUUUUGUUGCAGUGUCUCGCCUUCAGUGAGGUUGAAUUGUUGGACCUGAGCCAUAACCUGUGGAUUUCACACUUAACGCGAAUCAGCACGGCAAUCUCCAGGGUUGUUGUCUCCAACACCCGCGCCGUCUACACGACAGAUCAACGUGUGCGUAUCCCAGCUCGUGAGAAGAUGCCUUCCCUGGCAUUGAUUGGCUCGCCUGUGACAUGUCAGGUCAAGGCAGAGACAAUUCGCACCUUGCACUUCCGCACUGUAUCAUACGAGCUGGGAUUCGGCCUCGAUUGUUUGUGCUCGAAUGGAUAUGAACUGCGUGGCUCAGAGUGCAAGGAGCAAGGAUCUGACCACCUCGCCGUUGCGUUGGGCACUGUUGCCGGUGUCUUGGCGCUGCAAGGCGUGCUGUUUGCGCUGUUCCGCUGGUAUCGCCGGCACAAGCAGUUGCGCGCCGAGCACGCCCUCAACAUGCAGCUGCUCUCCGAGAAGGACGCGGAGGUGCUGGCGCUCAAGGCAGUGUGGGACAUUCCGUUUGAGGAGCUUGACCUGUACCGCGAGCUGGACAGUGGUGCGAGCGGCGACGUGUGGGAGGGCGAGUGGGACUCGGUGCAUGUGGCGGUGAAGGUGCUGAAGCUGGGCAACGUGUUCCUGGACGCUGCGACGCAGCAGGAGUUUGAGAAGGAGGUGGCGUUCUUGCAGCGCACGCGGCACCCGCACCUGGUUCGCUUCUUUGGCGCUGGCACAAACCCGGUGACUGGCGCGCCAUUUCUGGUGCUGGAGUUUAUGGCGCUCGGAUCCUUGCGCCAGCUGCUGCAGCGCAACCUACGAAAGGUGUUGGCAGAGACCAACAGCACCAGCGCUUCCACAAGCGCAGAAACUGCUGCACCGACAAGUGAGGACUUGGAUGACUACACAGUCGUGUCAUCAACCAGGCACUCGGUGCAGCCUGGUCUCUUGACUGUGUGGGCGCUGAAAAAACGCCUCGCUGCGGACAUUGCAUCUGGCAUGGCGUUUAUCCACAGCCUCGGCAAACUCCACAGAGAUCUGAAGAGCGGCAAUGUGCUGGUGUCGGCGAACCUGCGGGCAAAGAUCACGGACUUUGGAACCGCUAUGCUGCUUGCGGCGGCGGCUGAUGGUGCUGCUGUGAAUGACGAUGUUGCGUACGACGAGGAGGUGGCUGGCAUGACGAUGAGCAUGACCAUGACAGCCGCUGUUGGCACGCCGCUGUACACUGCGCCAGAGGCGCUGACGGGGACAGCGUACGACACCAAGGCCGACGUGUUCAGCUUUGGGGUUGUGCUGUGGGAGAUUGUGACGCAGCGGAAACCCGACUUGAUCAAGCAAGAGUUUGGGGACGGGUUCUGCGGCCCGAUGCUGUCCACCCUCGCAUCCUUGCUUGCAUCCGGCAAGCGGCUCCGCUUCCCUCCAUCUUCAGGCAAUGAGGAAGCGGCGGAAGUGCUGUUGCGCAACCUGGCGCAAGAAUGUAUGGCACAGGAGGCCAGGGAGCGCCCCACCUUCCAGCAGCUGAAGGAAAAGCUGCUCGCAGCUCUACCCGGCUCUUAG